CUUAUUAUCUAGCCGAGUCCCGCAGUCUGGAGCCAUUCAAACGAAGCAGCUAGCUGGUGAGCCCACUACAUACCUCACAACACUUCCUGGAACUGUCUGCUGUUUGUGAGGAGCUCGGGACUACGUCGUGUUUUGACUCCAGUAAAGAGGGACGCAACAAAGAUGUCCAAAGACACAGAAGGAAAGGGCGAGAAAAUUAUGGAUACGGAGAGCAAGGUGCUCUGGUACCCGGACUCCAAGAGGAACACACAGAUGGAUAAAUUCAGGAUACAGGUCAACUCGGACUACGGACUUAAUCUGGCAAACUACAAUGAUCUUUACCAGUGGUCUGUGGACUCGUAUCCAGAGUUCUGGGCAGAGGUGUGGCGCUUCUGCGGAGUUGUCAGCUCCAAACCAUAUGAAGAGGUGGUGGACGUAUCCAAGCGGAUCUCAGAUGUUCCAGAGUGGUUUAAAGGAGCCCGACUUAACUACGCCGAGAACCUGCUUAAGCAUGCCAAUCAGGACAAAGUGGCUCUCUAUGCUGCAAGGGAAGGGAAAGAGGAGAUCGUAAAGGUGACAUUUGGCGAGCUGAGGCGUGAUGUGGCAGUGAUUGCUGCAGCUAUGAGGAAGAUGGGCAUUCAGACUGGAGACAGGGUUGUAGGUUACCUGCCCAAUGGCAUACAUGCAGUGGAAGCCAUGCUAGCAGCAGCCAGCAUCGGCGCCAUUUGGAGCUCGACGUCGGUCGAUUUUGGAGUUAAUGGUGUCCUUGAUAGAUUUUCUCAAAUUCAGCCCAAAUUGAUCUUCUCAGUUGCUGCUGUGGUGUACAAUGGCAAAACACAUGACCACAUGGAAAAGCUGAGAAACGUUGUGAAAGGUUUACCGGACUUGCAUAAAGUGGUUGUAAUUCCCUACGUUUUGUCCAAGGAAGAGACUGACCUCUCCAAAAUUCCCAAUAGUGAAUUCCUCGAUGACUUUUUGGCAUCUUGUGGCGACAGCGACCAUUUCCCCCAGCUGGAGUUUGAGCAGCUUCCUUUUAACCAUCCUCUGUUUAUCAUGUACUCUUCUGGAACUACAGGAGCUCCUAAAUGCAUGGUCCACUCAGCUGGGGGCACUCUCAUCCAGCACUUGAAAGAACACAUUCUCCAUGGCAACUUGACCUCCAGUGAUGUCAUCAUCUACUACACUACUACCGGCUGGAUGAUGUGGAACUGGCUGGUGUCUGCUCUGGCAGUGGGGGCCUCAGUGGUUUUAUACGAUGGUUCACCGCUAAUGCCAACAGCCAAUGUGCUGUGGAACCUGACGGACAAGCUGGGCAUCACCAUCUUUGGCACUGGCGCUAAGUGGCUGUCUUUGGUGCAGGAGAAGAACCUCAAACCUUCGGAAUCGCAUGACCUUCAGUCUCUUCAUACCAUACUAUCCACUGGAUCGCCACUCAAACCUCAGAGCUACGACUACGUCUAUCGCUGCAUCAAAAGCACCGUGCUGCUGGGCUCCAUCUCAGGUGGGACUGAUAUAGUUUCGUGUUUCAUGGGCCAAAACCCAACGGUUCCAGUGUACCGGGGCGAGAUCCAGUCACGAAACCUCGGCAUGGCUGUGGAAGCCUGGAGUACUGAGGGUAAGCCAGUUUGGGGCGAGAGCGGUGAACUUGUCUGCCUGAAGCCAAUCCCCUGCCAACCCACUCACUUCUGGAAUGAUGAGAAUGGGAGCAAGUACCACAAAGCUUACUUUUCUACAUUUCCUGGUGUGUGGGCCCAUGGAGAUUAUUGCAAAAUCAACCCAAAGACAGGAGGCAUCGUCAUGCUUGGGAGAAGCGAUGGCACACUGAAUCCCAACGGAGUUCGCUUUGGGAGCUCAGAGAUCUACAACAUCGUGGAGGCUUUCGAGGAAGUGUCAGACAGUCUUUGUGUGCCCCAGUACAAUGCAGAUGGAGAGGAAAGAGUUAUUUUGUUCUUAAAGAUGGCUCCUGGAAAGCCCUUCCAUCCGGAGCUGGUGACAAAGAUUAAAGGAGCCAUCAGAAAAGCUUUGUCUUCCCGACACAUUCCUGCCUUGCUCCUGGAGACAAAAGACAUUCCCUACACCAUCAGUGGGAAGAAGGUGGAGGUUGCUGUGAAGCAGAUCAUUGCUGGCCGGGAGGUUGCACAGAGAGGAGCGUUCUCCAACCCUGACUCACUGGACCUCUACAAGAACAUUCCUGAGCUGCAAAACUAUUAGACAUACAUGACUGAGGAGAGACUCUACAAACAUCAAUUUUCAUAAAACUGUGUUGGUAGAGGGAGGGAUGGCGGAAAAUGGAGGUACUCUGGGAUUUAUGGUUAGCAGAAAUGGGAACAACUGUUUUUAAAAUAUUAAGGUAUUACAUCAUUGCGUAAUAAGCUGAUGGUACAAUGCAGAGAGACUUUACACCAUGAGGUACACUGGUUGAUAGGCAAGCUUUUAAUUCUGUCUUUAUGCCGCUGCUCAUACUGUGUCAAGCUGUUUAAAUAAAUGUUAACAGAAUUAAACUCUGGCUGUAUUGCUAUGUGCAGUCGGCUUAUCCCGUAAAGCUUGCUAUGAAAACUUUAAGCGCAGCAUUAAGUGUUUGCGUUCACAGUUUGAUCAUCAUCCUUUAAAGAAUCUCAUCUCUCUACAGUUCCCAUCUCUACCCCUGAUGCUGCUUCAGAGAAGCUUUAGGAAUAAAACCUGGGAAGGUGUGCAGAAAAAUACUCAUAAGCUUCCUUUCAUGCCAGCAGAUCAUUGUUCUGUGGUGUGCAUUGCUUUAUUGAUGUAUGUGUGUGUGUAUAUGCACAAGCAUAUUAAUAAGACAACUAAUGUAUAUUUUUGAAAGAUGAACUUGUGUUUAUAAUUAUGCAUUCAAAUUUAACCGUCUAAACAUAACCAAAGGUUGGGAUUCUGUUUGGAUCUUGCAUGAAAUGUCAAAGUUUACUAAAGAUAAUUAGGAAUCCUGGAUGCACUCACAGCACUGCCUGUUUUUCACAUCUCUUUAUAUGGUUACAUUGAAAUCUUUUCUGACCUCGGUUGGUUCAGUGUUUCUUCCUACUUGAAUAUUGUUCUGUUUUUUUCAAUAUUGAUAUGGAAGUUUUCCUUAAGGGAAUUUUCUUUUUGUGCAUUUGAUCUUCAUUUCUUAUGCCCAUUGCAAAAGCAUUCACCUUUUUUUCUCCGUCUCAUUUUCAUCACAAACCUAAAUGUAUUUUAUUGGGGUUUUGUUAAAAGAUCCAUGCAAAGUGGUGCAUAAAGUGGGCAAAAUGAUACAUAAUUUUUAAAAUGAUGCAUUAUGACAUAUCCAUUAUGUUUGAAACAAAACUGUAGCACUGCUUUUUGUUGGACUUUCAUCUGGAAGCCUCUUGUGCAUUUCCACCAGCUUGGCACCUUUAUUAUCGGUCAUGUACAAAAUAGCCCAAGUUUGGUCAGAAUUAAUGGAAAUCUUGUCAUAUUCUCAAAUGUAUGUAGGUCUGGUGCUUUGACUGGGCCAUUGUUUUGCUGCCCUUAAGAUUUCCUUCCACAAAUGUUUGAUUUUUAGCUCCAUCGUGUUUACUGUCCCUCAUGUGGGUUCGGGAAUAGUCUUAUAACUAUUUGUAUUGUAUUCUCUAAACCAUCUGUAUUCUCUUGAACUUCAGAAUGACAAGGUACUUUCUCUUGAUUUACACAUUUGAAUCAAGAAGUGGUCAUAUUGUGACCAAAUGUGAAACUUUAAUGGCACUAUGGUUUUGAUCAAAAUUGAUCUGCAUUUCUGUACAGGUAAUUUUUUUUUGUUCUUGUUGUAGUGAUUAUCUACAACAUCAUAUGUGUCAUAGCUGUUUAAAUGUUGUUUCUCUUUAAUAGAUGUUAAAUUUUUUUACACAGGGAAAAUGUAUUUAUUCAAAGCCUUUUUUGGUAUGGGUUGGAGAUCUGAUGAAUGAACUGAAACAGCUUUGCUUGUUUGCAGUAUAAAGUAGAAAAAACUGGCAGUCACUGGAAAUGUGCCUGACAUAAAUGUGAAUUUUUGACAUUUCACAGACAGGGAGCGUUUUAUAACAUUCACAUGUUUUCUGAUUGUCCCAGUACUCUGUGGUAGGUGGCUUGAAUGCAAAUAAUUUGUGUUUCUGCUCUUCAUCACUAACAUAUUUUCAAAUUAAUUUAAUUUUUCACAGGAGUCCUGUAAAAUGAAACAGUAUCCCCAUACCAGUGUUUCAUUGACGGUUUGUGAUGUUAUUUUGUUCUGUUUAAAUAAAUAAAUAUUGGUUCUUUCAUGGACAAAAGGA